UACAUUGCGUUCUUUGACCCCUGUAUCCGACGUACACGGUCGAGAGGACUUCCGCUUCUCUCCGACUGCUUGUUGUUUUGAGGCGUGAAAGAGAAAAGGAGCAUUUCAACUACACAGUUAACUACGAUUUAACACAAUGGCUGUAGAGGGUUGUGAGCAGCAGUGAGUGCCCUCUACACCAGCACCUCCAGAGCACCAGCAGCAGUCUGCCACCCAUCCAGACAUCUCAACCCCUCCCUCCCUCAGCCAGACCCCCCCCCAGCGGGGUGACAACCCACCAGCAUGGAGGCCUCCUUCGGCCCCACCUUCUCAGCUGUGGUUCCUGGAGCUAAAACGGAAGCCUCCGGUACCUACAAGCAGCACCGCCGUACCCCCUCCUCCUCCAGUACCCUCACAUACUCGCCACGAGACGACGAGGAUGGCAUGCUCCCCAUCAGCACCCCGAGGCGUUCUGACUCUGCCAUCUCGGUGCGUUCCCUCCUCUCUGAGUCCAACAUGUCCCUCCGCUCGACCUUCUCUCUUCACGAGGACGACGACGACACGGAGCCCCUGGUGUUUGCAGAGCAGCCGUCGGUGAAGCUGUGUUGUCAGCUCUGCUGCAGCGUCUUCAAAGACCCUGUCAUCACCACCUGUGGGCACACCUUCUGCAGGCGAUGUGCCUUGACCUCCGAUAAGUGUCCGGUGGACACUGCUAAGUUGACGGUGGUGGUGAACAACAUUGCUGUAGCAGAACAGAUAGGAGAGCUGUUUAUCCACUGUAAAUACGGCUGCCGGCUCUUAAACACCACCCCCACUUCCCCUAACGGGGCCGGAGGAGGGGCUUCCCCUAACGGGGCCGGAGGAGGCACUGCUGCUAGUCGGGGUGAAGGGACACCUAAGAUGGGAGGACCUGGGAACUUUGAGGUUGAUCCAAUGGGCUGUCCUUUCACCAUCAAGCUCACCACACGCAAGGAGCACGAGGUGAGCUGUGACUACCGUCCAGUGCGCUGUCCCAACAACCCCUCCUGCCCUCCUCUACUCACCAUGAACCUGGAGGGACACCUUAAGGAAUGUGAACACAUCAAGUGCCCUCACUCCAAAUACGGAUGUGCGUUUAUCGGUAACCAGGAUACGUAUUCUACCCAUCUGGACCUGUGUAAGUUUGAAGGGCUGAAGGAGUUCCUGCAACAGACUGAUGACAGGUUCCAUGAGAUGCAGGUGACCCUGUCUCAGAAGGACCAGGACAUUGCCUUCCUGAGGUCCAUGCUGGGGAAACUAUCUGAGAAACUGGACCAGCUGGAGAAGAACCUGGAACUGAAGUUUGAUGUCCUGGAUGAGAACCAGAGUAAGCUGAGUGAAGACCUGAUGGAGUUUAGGAGAGAUGCCUCCAUGCUCAACGAUGAGUUGUCCCACAUCAACGCCAGACUCAACAUGGGCAUCCUGGGCUCCUACGACCCCCAGCAGAUCUUUAAAUGUAAAGGGACGUUCGUAGGUCACCAGGGGCCAGUCUGGUGUCUGUGUGUCUACUCUACAGGGGACCUGCUCUUCUCUGGCUCCUCGGAUAAGACCAUCAAGGUGUGGGAUACCUGCACCACCUAUAAAUGUCAGAAGACUCUGGAGGGUCAUGAUGGAAUCGUGCUGGCACUGUGUAUACAGGGGAACAGACUGUAUAGUGGCUCAGCUGACUGCACCAUCAUAGUGUGGGACGUCCAGACCCUGCAGAAGGUGAACACAAUCCGUGCCCAUGACAACCCGGUGUGUACGCUGGUGUCCUCCCACAGCAUGCUGUUCAGCGGAUCCCUCAAGGCCAUCAAGGUGUGGGACAUAGUGGGGACAGAGUUGAAGCUGAAGAAGGAGUUAACAGGACUGAACCACUGGGUUCGUGCUCUGGUGGCCUCUCAGAACCACCUCUACAGUGGAUCAUACCAGACCAUCAAGAUCUGGGACAUCCGUUCCCUGGACUGUGUUCAUGUCCUCCAGACCAGUGGGGGCAGUGUCUAUUCCAUCGCUGUCACCAACCAUCACAUCGUCUGUGGCACCUACGAGAACCUUAUACACGUCUGGGAUAUUGAGUCCAAGGAGCAGGUCCGGACCCUAACGGGUCAUGUGGGGACAGUGUACGCUCUAGCAGUCAUCUCUACACCAGACCAGACCAAGGUGUUCAGCGCCUCCUAUGACCGCUCACUCAGGGUGUGGAGCAUGGACAACAUGAUCUGUACCCAGACCCUCCUCAGACACCAGGGGAGUGUAACCGCCCUGGCCGUCAGCAGGGGGCGCCUGUUCUCUGGAGCUGUGGACAGCACCGUCAAGGUGUGGACAUGUUAGAGGAUGCUGAUUGGUUUGAGAGGUUGCUGUCGAGGAGAGCAGCUGUAUGUUCCCACCUCAGUGGACCACCCUGUGUCAAACGGACCAUAUGAACUCUGACACACACACACACACACACACACUGAUUGGUUCAUCAUCCUUCAGGAUCAUGACUGUUUUUAAUAUCUCUACUAUAUGAACUUUAACCCCUGAUGUGGGCGGGGUCAGAAGUGAUCACGACCUUUGUGUCCUUAGCCCAGUGCAUUAUGGGUGGAGCUGCCAUACCUUAGCUCUGCCCACUGACGACACCAGCCCUCCCCUGAUUGGGACAAUGCCAGAACUGUGUACUGAAGACUUGUUAGCUCCCCAAGUUAAUGCCUUGGCUUCAGUUCAGUCUGACCCGGGGGACUGGACCGGUACUGACCCGGGGGACUGGACCGGUACUGACUGGACCGUUACUGACCUGGGGGACUGGACCGGUACUGACCCGGGGGGACUGGACCGGUACUGACCCGGGGGGACUGGACCGGUACUGACCCGGGGGGACUGGACCGUUACUGACCCGGGGGGACUGGACCGGUACUGACCCGGGGGACUGGACCGGUACUGACUGGACCGUUACUGACCUGGGGGACUGGACCGGUACUGACCCGGGGGGACUGGACCGGUACUGACCCGGGGGGACUGGACCGGUACUGACCCGGGGGGACUGGACCGGUACUGACCCGGGGGGACUGGACCGUUACUGACCCGGGGGGACUGGACCGGUACUGACCCGGGGGACUGGACCGGUACUGACUGGACCGUUACUGACCCGGGGGGACUGGACCGGUACUGACCCGGGGGGACUGGACCGGUACUGACCCGGGGGGACUGGACCGGUACUGACCCGGGGGGACUGGACCGUUACUGACCCGGGGGGACUGGACCGUUACUGACCCGGGGGGACUGGACCGUUACUGACCCGGGGGGACUGGACCGGUACUGACCCGGGGGGACUGGACCGGUACUGACCCGGGGGGACUGGAAGCAUAUGGAACGGGGAGGGGCCUGCCUGAAGUUGUCAAAUAGAAACUCUUGUUUUACGUCAGUGUUUUAGAAUGGACAGUGAUGGGCUCUGCUAGCAACAACUAGGCUGUGUUCACCACUACUCUGCAGCUCUGUGUUUA